UCACACACAGGCUCGACACAGACAUGCUCUCGCGUUGGUGGGUCCUCGGAAAUCUAGGGGCGCGGGCCGGCCCCACCGGUCGCCCCACCUCGUCCGGUCCCACAGAAAGCGGCCUCGCUUUGCUUCGCCCCGCAGGAGGGGCGCCGCGCCGCGCAACGCAACACACGCCCGCAAAGCUCGCUCCCUACUUCUCUCGCCGUCGCCCGAGGCGGCCGCCGGGCGAGGCGAUCAGACGAGGCGGCGGCGGCGGCUCCAGAGGGGACCGCCGGUUCGCAGCGCCACAGCGAGAAUGGGUACUGGACGGAAGGCAGAGACCUACAAGAUCCCAGCACCAAAACAAGAUCGAAGCAAUACUCGGUGGUAUGGUGACCAAUCUUUUCCUGCACGCAAUCUUGGGGAAGAUGCGCUAGCAGGAGUUAUUUUCGGCUGCACCAACAAAACAAUGAAUGAAUGCCUCUCUAAACAGCUAUUUGGUUUGCCUGCAUGCCAUUUCUCCUAUGUGAAGAAUAUUAAACCUGGACUGCCUCUGUUUCUGUUCAAUUAUAGUGACAGAAAACUGCAUGGCAUUUUCGAAGCUGCCACUCCUGGCCAGCUUACCAUUGACCAAUUUGCUUGGAGUCAUGAUGGUAGAACAAAGACACAAUAUCCCGCACAGGUUCGGGUCUCUAUCAAAACUCAGUGCCUACCACUUCCAGAGAAUAUAUACAAAGGCGUGAUUAGUGGCAAUUAUCACAAGUUUCGCCACUUCCAGUUUGAGCUAGACCAUGCACAAACAAGAGACUUAGUUUCUUUGUUUGUACCUGCUCCUGUUGGUGCUGUUCCAAACGAGCGGAAUUUUUCGGUACCUCCUGCUCCUGUUGACGCUGCUCCAAACAGAUGCAGUCUUUCUGGACCUCUGCCAUCUCCAGCAGGAGCACAGCUUGUUCGUGGUGUAGUGUCGACCGAGUCUGGUUCAACGGAUGGUGAACAGUUUGCCGGUUCAGCAUAUUCACUUGAUAGAAAUGCUGACCAUGCCAGUGCAAGUAGAACAUCAAAGCGCAACUUUGAUGAAGAGUCUUCUGAGUGGGAUGAUUUGGAUGAUGGUGUGACUGAGAAAGGAACAAAGUCUGUGAAUGAUGGCCAUCCACAUAUCAAUCCAGUGCAUGGUCAACAGCAUGACCCAAUGGAUGUUUUGCAGAAGUUGCAAGAACUGUCUCUUUUACGGCAGGAGAAGGCCCAACCCUCGGAGGUUGCUGUUGAUUCUACUUCAGGUAGAAGCAGACUUCAAGAAUCACCACUGGGUGCUGCUUUUGCUAAAGAUCCAUCAAACGCCACCUUGGGCGGUGAUGCACCUGUGAAAGACAGCACAUCCUUUGAGCAACUUUGUGGAAAUGAUGAGCUGCUUCAGAUCAUCAAUGAAUUAUCCAAGAAGACCGAAGCAAUUGGGAAAAAGCAGAUUGAGUCAGAUGAAGAAAUACUUGUAUUGAGGGCAACUGUAAAGGAUAUGGAAAGAAAAAUUCAGGAACUGCAGUACCAGUAUGGAAAAUUACAGUUGGAGUAUUCAGCAGCACUUCUUGGUGAACCACGCAAUAUUCUGGAAGGGCCAUCAAUUUUCCUAAUAGGUGGCCAUAAUGGCAUGACCUGGUUGCCAUCCCUCGAUUCCUUUUACCCUACAGCAGACAGACUAGUGCCGCUGAGGCCAAUGAGCUCAGCCCGUUCAUAUGCUGCUGUUGCUGCAUUGAAUGAUCAUCUCUUUGUUAUUGGUGGCGGCGAUGGCGAUUCAUGGUAUAACACAGUGGAAUGCUACAACAGGGUGAGCAAUGAGUGGAUGGCAUGCCCAUGCUUGAAACAGAAGAAAGGAAGUCUUGCUGGAGCUACAUUGAAUGGUAAAAUAUUUGCUAUUGGUGGGGGCGAUGAGUCGAGAUCUUUUUCAGAAGUUGAGAUGUUUGAUCCAGUGCUUGGGAGUUGGAUAUACAGCCCGUCUAUGCAACAAUGUCGAUUUGCUCCUGCUGCAGCCGAAUUAAAUGGCACCCUCUAUGUUGUUGGUGGUUAUGAUUUCAGCGACGGCUCAUACUUACAAUCAGCAGAAAGGUAUGAUCCAAGGGAAGGUUUCUGGACCCAGCUUGCAAGCAUGAAGACAAAAAGAGGAUCCCACUCUGUUACUGUCCUGGGGGAAUCUCUAUAUGCUCUGGGAGGGUACGAUGGAGACCAAAUGCUUUCCACUGUGGAGAUCUUUGACCCUCGUGCCAAUUCGUGGAGGAUAGGCAGCCCGUUCAGCGUCCCAAGAGGAUAUGGGUGUGCGGUGACAGCGGACGAUAAUGUGUACCUCAUUGGCGGGUCUGAAUCCAAUGGAGAAACUGUUGAAACUGUGGAAGUUUACAACGAGAGGCAAGGCUGGACUAUCCCUGGCUACAAGGCGAUAGGGAAGAGGGCCUUCGCCUCUGCCAUCGUCGUUUGACAGGGCUGCAGAUCUCAUAUCCUGCCCACAUUUUGCUUUUUGCCGGAGCCAUAUGGACCCCUUCUCCCGUUGCCGGUGGGUUCUGUACAGUAUGAGAUGCCGAUCACAGUAUAACCCUCUUCUCGAAAUAGCCGCUGGGGGUUUGAGAAUUUUUUUGCGGCACGCCCCUGUGCCGAUGUACAGAUGUAACCCAUCAGUUUGGUGCUUGUCUCAGACACCAUAGGAUUGAUCUCACAGCAACACAAGGUCUUGACGCUAACAGAGCACCUGCAGCAUAUCCUCCUGCUGCGUUCUUGAGUGGGCGCAGACGCGUGGUUCCUUGUUUCUGUCUCUUUUUUUGGGCGAUACUUGAUUGCGCCUGAACAAAUUGAACUGAUCGCGGUUCAUGAGUGGCUACUCGGAAAUUUGAAAUGGAAAAACCCCAACUGUUUUUGCAA